UAUACAUGUCCAGUCGGCUGGGCCCAAGUAGUGUCUGCGAGCUAUGUUACUGGGCUUCACUAAGCCGGUGGUCAGCGAAUAAGCACUGACUCCACACAACAACGCUUCACCGCUCACUGGCCGGCUCAGCCUCGCUUUUCAGUUUGGGAUCAACGUCAUGAAUACUCACUCACAGCUCGUUGCCAUGUUGCUCGCCGCCACAGACCACAAGAAACCUCUGUCGAUCAACUUCCAACGACACCACCAACGACACUGCAAGCGAUACUGGCUAAAAAACGGACCUCGAAGCCCUCUCCCACCCCAACAACGCGCAAAACUCGACAGACAGCGCACACGACUGCUUCUCGCUCUCUGUUCAUCGAUAGAUCUGGCUCUCUUACCUGACAAGCAAGAUCACAUCAAUCAAAAUGGCCCACGACGUCGUAACCCAAGCCGUCCUCAACACCCCGGAGCUCCUCGAGCUCAUCCUUACCAACCUCGACCCCAUCACUUCCCUCCGCAGCCACCGCGUAAACCGCUUCUUCCACACCAUCAUCACGAACACCACCCACCGCCAGCGCUGCACCCACAAACACACCACGCCCUGCGCCGCCUCCCGCGUCCUCAACCACCCAGACUUACUCGAAGACAUCCUCUUAGAAACCAACACCCUCACAGUCCUCCACGCCCAACGCGUCUCCACGUUCUUCAAAGCGGUCAUCGACCGAUCCAUCCCUCUCCAACGCGGACUCUGGAAACUACCAACCCCGUCCUCCCGCCUCCGAAACACAGACCCCACAUACCGACUCAACCCUCACAUCGACUCCCGCAGACGUCACAUGGGGAUUAUGAGGUAUCACAGAAGCGACUACUCCUUCACCUCCAGCCCUCCAGGCCGUGGUGCAGCCAUAGAACUGCACUUCCGCUCCCUCGCCGCUCUGCGCAACAUGCCCACGGGCAGCUGCAGGAGUAUGAUUCUCGUGCAGCGGGAUGCAGAAGAAGAGGAACUCCACUGGCUCUUGGGAGUUUACGUCGACACCGGCAUGCGCAGGGGUAUUUUCGGCCAAGAGGAGUUGCACAGGUGUGUGGUGGUAUUCACGGAUGGGAGAAUUCCUACGCUUGGGGAGGUGAGGGAGAAGAUUUUGAGCAAGUAUGGUGGAGGUGAGGGUGGAGGCCGGGCUGGAGUGGUGCGUGGGACUGAAGGAAUGGGCCAAUGGACAUGUGAGCGGUGUCACGAGGGGAAGUGUCGGCCGGGCGGGGGGUGAAGGUGUGCAUGAGAGGGAAAGGGUAGGUCAAUGAGCUUUUCCGUUUGCCUUUGGCAGGA